GAGCCACAAAGCGAUCACUGCCACUGUGCUGAGAGAAAGAAUACUGAAACAAAUAAGCGAAGCGGUGCUUCACUCUAUCAUGUGCCAUUCUACAGCGGAGAAAACAACAGAUUCGCUUCAAUGAGCCGACGGACGCCGUCUUUAAGUUUUAGCCUGGCACGGUCUCUCUCUACGCGGACAGCCUGGUAGAAAGGAGCCUCUCGCGGCUGGUUUUGUCGGAGCUCGACGAGCUCUGCUGUGUUCGUUUCGUUGCUCGAGACCCACUUGCGUGCGGAGGGACCUCCACCACCACCACCACCACCAGCAGCAGCAGCAGCAGCAGCAGCGGCGGUGGUCCUUGUUCUGGGGCUUCUUCACGUUUGGUGAAGCCGACGUGAAUCGCUGUCACUGCACUUGUUUACGGCGGGGAGGGAAAACAUUAUCGGCGCACAAGCAGCACGACUCCCGCUGGCCAGUCGUUUUCAAUCUGCCAGCGGCGCUUCCUCCGCCCCCUUCUCCUCCAUCAGCGUCACCAUCAGUCCGCAGCUAGUAUUUCUGUGCUGGGUGUCCAGGCGAGGAGGACCCCCCCUCUGGUGCUCGGGGUAGCUCGGCAAGCCGCUAUGGAUUAUUUUGUGCGGUUCUUAUACUACUUUUGACUCAGCUGGACUGUCGAGGACUGUGUCUUUCCGGGGACUGUGACUUCCCCCGUACUUGCAGCCAGUUUACGGGCAGUCGCUAGCUUGCACAUCGCUGUGUGAAUCCGAGCCAGUGGUAACUGUUAGUGCCAUCUGCCCACUGUGCUACUGGCAGCAGGGGCAUUUUAAUGCUGAAACAAUCCACAUUGGAUGCACAGCUCACUGAACCACACUGUGCGAUGUUUGUUAGUUAGCCUACUGGCUAGCAGGUAUAGUGUUAUUUUGCUAGCUAGCGUGGUAGCCAGCUAGCAGACGAACCCUAGUAUCGAUACCGCCAGCGGGCUAAAGCGAGUUAGCUUUCGGACGUCGCGAGUUUGGCUCGCAAUUAACCGAGUACGCCCUCCCGCCUGGGUUGGAAUUUGUGCUAAACAACUCAAAGUGUUCAAAAACAGAAUUAGCACCUGUGUGUACGCGUGUGUUAAUACGAGAGAGCGACAGUGGUGAGGCGAUAAGGAGGAAGGUUCAGGCUACACACGAAGCGAGCCCAGCAGCGGCGUGUGGACUUUUUUUUUUUUUUACAGCACAUCUCGGGUCUUGUGUUAGCGGGGCUUGCGUGAUUUUUGUUUGUGCCAAAACGUCCCCGAGAGACCUUUUUUUGAGAAUUGUGUGCGCGCUCCAGAAGAGAGAGGUUGAACACAAAGAAGAAGAAGAAGGAGCAGCUGCAGCAGCGACAGCACACCAAUGGUCGACUCUCCAACCUGUCGCCCAGUGUCCUCUCUCCUCAUCCUCCCUUCAUUUUCACACUCACCGAUUCUUGUGUGAAACGGAGAGUUUGUAUUUGGACACAAAGAAGCCAACUCCCGCUGUUUUUUUUCCCCAUGUGUGCGCGUCUUUUUUUGUUGACAUCUUAAGGGAACAUCCCUUAAAUCCCAUACACAUGCCGCACUGGAGACAGUCCAGGCGUUUGGACACAUUACCAUCAGGAGCAGCAGAGGAGUCCCCAGGGAUCUGACAGCUGUCCUCAGACCCGGCACCUCUGUGACAGGCUGCACGGUACCGUAAAGCGAGGAGGUGCUGGCCUCAUCGCUCCUAUUUAAUUAUCACCAGUCUAAUUCAAACGCGCCUUAGGAAGAACCCGGCACAGUCUUGUUUUAUAUAUAUUUUGUUUUAAUCUCGCACUAAAUGGGAUUACAAGGACGGUGAUCAAGCGGCCUGUCAUUUCUCUGCUAACCUGCCACCCAAUGUCUUCGCUCCUGAAUUUCCCCUUUCCUUUUACAACGAUGGCAGCGUGAGGCCAAGUGAACAGACUGCAGCCACAGACAGCGACAGACAGUAUCCGCUCUGUCUGGUCCCCACACGCACCUUGCCCCUUGAUGUUGGUCACAUCUGGCUCGGGACAGUGUUUUUUAAUUCCCUGAAAAAGAACCUACCCCCCCCAGCCCGGUUGUUUUAUUGGUCGUGGUCGUCACAGGGUCGAAAGAUGGCGGACCUCGAAGCGGUGCUCGCCGAUGUCAGCUAUUUGAUGGCGAUGGAGAAGAGCAAGUCAACACCGGCGGCCCGGGCGAGCAAGAAAAUCAUCCUGCCCGAGCCCAGUAUUCGCAGCGUGAUGCAGAAGUACCUGGAGGAGAGAGACGAACUGACAUUCGACAAAAUCUUCAACCAGAAAAUUGGCUUUCUACUGUUCAAGGACUUCUGUCUGAACGAGAUCGACGAGGCAGUGCCACAGCUCAAGUUCUAUGAAGAAAUUAAGGACUACGAGAAGCUGGACUCGGAGGAGGAGAGGUUGAGCCGCAGCCGGCAGAUUUACGACGGCUACAUCAUGAAGGAGCUCCUGUCCUGUUCACAUCCGUUCUCUAAGAAAGCAGUGGACCAUGUUCAGAGUCACUUGGCUAAGAAACAGGUUCCCCCAACUCUCUUCCAGCCAUACAUAGUGGAGAUCUGUGACAGCCUGAGGGGGAACAUCUUCCAGAAGUUCAUAGAGAGUGACAAGUUUACCCGAUUUUGCCAGUGGAAGAAUGUGGAGCUCAACAUCCAUCUGACCAUGAAUGACUUCAGUGUGCAUCGGAUCAUUGGCCGGGGCGGCUUCGGAGAGGUUUAUGGCUGCAGGAAGGCCGACACGGGGAAGAUGUAUGCCAUGAAAUGUUUGGACAAGAAGAGGAUCAAGAUGAAGCAGGGGGAGACUCUUGCUCUCAAUGAGAGAAUUAUGCUGUCGUUAGUCAGCACAGGGGACUGUCCAUUCAUUGUGUGUAUGACAUAUGCCUUCCACACUCCAGACAAGCUCUGCUUCAUCUUGGACCUCAUGAACGGGGGUGACCUGCACUACCACCUGUCUCAACAUGGCGUGUUCAGUGAGAAAGAGAUGCGUUUCUAUGCGGCUGAAAUCAUCCUGGGUCUGGAACACAUGCACAACCGCUUCGUUGUCUACCGAGACCUGAAGCCAGCCAAUAUCCUGCUGGAUGAACACGGUCACGUUCGUAUCUCCGACCUGGGUUUGGCGUGCGACUUCUCCAAGAGGAAACCCCACGCCAGUGUCGGUACUCAUGGUUACAUGGCUCCAGAGGUCCUCCAGAAAGGAACAGCGUAUGACAGCAGCGCCGACUGGUUCUCCUUAGGCUGCAUGCUCUUCAAACUCCUCCGAGGGCACAGUCCCUUCAGACAGCACAAGACCAAAGACAAACACGAGAUCGACCGCAUGACACUCACCAUGAAUGUGGAACUGCCAGACUCUUUCACCACAGAGCUCAAAGAUCUGCUGGAGGGGCUGCUGCAGAGGGAUGUGGCCAAGAGGCUUGGCUGCCAGGGCCGAGGAGCCCCAGAGGUGAAGGAGCAUCAGUUCUUCAAAGGCAUCGACUGGCAGCAGGUUUAUCUCCAGAAGUACUCUCCUCCACUGAUCCCGCCCAGAGGAGAGGUGAACGCCGCGGAUGCUUUUGACAUCGGCUCAUUUGAUGAGGAGGACACCAAAGGCAUCAAGCUGCUCGACAGUGACCAGGAGCUGUACAAGAACUUUCCUCUGGUGAUAUCGGAGCGCUGGCAGCAGGAGGUGGCAGAGACGGUGUACGAGGCGGUCAACUCGGACACGGACAAGAGCGAGGCGCGCAAGAGGGCCAAGAACAAGCAGCUGGGCCACGAGGAGGACUACGCACUGGGUAAGGACUGCAUAAUGCACGGCUACAUGCUGAAGCUGGGGAACCCCUUCCUGACCCAGUGGCAGCGUCGAUACUUCUAUCUCUUCCCCAACCGCGUGGAGUGGAGGGGGGAGGGCGAGUCAAGGCAAAACCUGUUGACGAUGGAGCAGAUCGUGUCGGUGGAGGAAACGCAGAUUAAAGACAAGAAGUGCAUCCUGCUGCGCAUCAAAGGCGGGAAACAGUUUGUGCUGCAGUGCGAGAGCGACCCAGAGUUUGUGCAGUGGAAGAAAGAGCUGACCGAGGCGUUCACAGAAGCCCAGAAGCUGCUGCGUCGCGCUCCCAAAGUCAUCGGGAAGGGGCGGGCCGGAGUGGUGGAGCUCUCCAAACCUCCACUCACACACCGCAAUAGCAACGGCCUGUGAAUACACACACACAGAUAUAUACACACACGCACACACACACACACACGCAUACACACACUGCACCCCCCUCCCCUCCUCAUCAGCCACAGGACAUUUGCUCUGACACGUUUCCCACUGUGAUGUGUGUGCGUGCGCGUCUGUGUGUGUGUGUGUGUGUGUGAGCGGAGCAUGACCACCAGCCACCAUGUGACACACACACACACACACACACUCACUCAUCACAAAGACCAGUCACAAGAGCGAUUGAUUCUUUUGUUUUAGUUUUUUACUUUUUCUCGGCCACGGGACCCGAGAGGACGGAGGGACGUGAGGCGAGGAGACGCCGUGACGAGGACGUGUCCUUGUCCCUCUGGUUUCCGUCCCCCCCGCUCAUCCAGCGUCCUCUGUUUCGAAUCAGGUGAAUCCAGAACCAGGACCUGCAGCAGCCGCACAGACUCUGUGAGAGAGAGCGAGAGAGAAAAGGCUGCUCUCCUCUCAUCCCUCCCUCUCACCUGUCCUCCCCCGUUAUUAUAUUAAGUGUGUAAAGUGCCAACGUCAAUAUUUACUUGAGUCACCUGAGCAUCUGGAACGACCUGCUCUGGCGGCAGAUGUUGCCCCUCCCUCCCUCCCUCCCUCCCUCCCUCUCUCUCCCUCCACACACACGGAUACACAGAGGAGGGAGUGUGUACGCGGUGGGGGCGGUGGCAGUCUUGGAUGUGGGGGUGGUGGUGGGUCGGGGAGGGAGGUGAUUGAUCAUUCCACACUGCGGAAAAGCGGAAGUACAAGGAGCCACGGACUCUUCCAGAUAGGCUCCUGUACAGCCGGGGUUACCAUAGAGACUGAUAUUUCAUUGGCUGUCGAAAAGCGCAGCUGGUUGCCACGGGAACCCUGAAGACUGGUCUAUACCAGGGAGACUGGUAACCACGGACAACGGUGUAACUAUUGUGUAUUACGGCUACACUUGCAGAUAAAAAAAAAAAAAGAUGAUGGCAGAGGGGAGGGAGCGAGGACGUGACUCUGUACAUACACAAACCCUGUCUCUGUGCAUCGCCAGUGUUUCAGUCCAACGUGUUUGCAUUAGCGGGGACUUUUCUCUGUCUGCCUGUUUGUGAAUCUGUCCUGGCUUUUUAAGGGAAGGGAGGGGGAGGGAGGGAGGAGAGGGAGGCGCUGCGUUACCUCAGUCAGACUGUUUGUUUUUGAAAACGUGGAAGGAUGAGAGCUGCUCAAGGUUCCAAAAAACGCCCGCCGUACGCAGACGAGCGCAGUCUGCUGCUGUGGAGGCGGGAACAUGAACAAAGACAAGCUGAUUAAACUCAUGAAAGGAAAAAAAAAAAAACUCCACCUUCAAAACCACCAAACACAACUUAAAUGGGCUUUUUUUUUGUUUUCUUCAGUCUGUGUAAACACUGACGGUUGAGUUUAGUGUUUGUUGUCGUUCUGCACGGUCACAGCAGAGAAGUCGAGCUUGUGUCUCAAUGAAGAAUCAGUCGUUUCUAUUUCACCGACCGCAAACCUGUUUACAUCAAACUAGGGUUCAAAUAUACACACACACACAACUCAUGUCACAAACAUUCACCAUUAACAAUCUGAAGGCCUAAAAAAAAAACUGUUAACUUUGCGUCAUUGUCUUCAUCUAAGCAUCUGUGUGUGUUUGUGUGGGUGUGUGUGGGUGUGGCCGUUCACAGGAAAUCCAAACAAAGAUUGAUUAGAUUUUUAUUGUCGACAUUAAUUAACAAGCGUUAAUAAACAUGAGGUUAUCUUUUGUCUUUAGUCCCGGGACAGAUGUGAAAAUUCUAUCGUCUCCUUCACCAACUGAUUCAAGAGCUUUGUGAAGAAGUGUCACACACACACACACACACACACACACAAACGCUGCAUGUGAGCAUCUCAACACUGUGGCUCCGCUGCGACUGUUGGUGUUACAGACGUAAUGAAACCACUGUUUUCCAGCUGUAAAGCGGCACAUGUGAUAUCCGGUGCAAAUGUUGACGGUUAAAAAAGGAAUCGGCACCUCUGCUGCCUCCCUCUGGUUAGACAUGGAAAUGUUAAGUUUUGAGAUUUUCACACAUUUUCAAAACAAAUGGAACCCGUUGCGACGGCGUCACUGAUCUGCGGCCUGCACUGCUCCCCCACUCCCCCUCCCACAGCUCUCAGCUCACUUCUUGGCAUUUUGUUGUUGUUUUUUUUAAUCAGGCAUCAGAAUAGGGUGGGGUUUAGUUGAUGCGUGUGUGUGUGUGUGUGUGUGGGUUCUCUGUUUAAUCACGGUGGAAACAUUGAAUAUACAAAACAAUGUCAACAAUGUUUUUUUUUGUCCUUUUCAAUGUCAAAAACAUUUAUUCAGUCAGUGAAGUUUGUGACACACACACACACACGACGUCAGCAGUGUUUCAGGGCGGAGUCUUGUUUUUAGUCUUAUUUUUUUGUGCUUGAAUGUGACGCAGUUGAGUUUUGUUUGACAGCAUUAAAGAGCAGAACCGUGCACACUCACGUUGAAGGUGAGGGAGCGGGGUAACCGGGGGUAACCGGGGGUAACCAGUGCGUUGUUGGACGCGUUCAUAACUUUCAGGGUUUUUCUUUGGUUCUCUUCCGUCAUGCAGUACAGUGUCCUCGUCUGUGAUGUCCAUGCAUUUCCACAGCUGUGAUGUGUGACCUGCAGUAGGAAAAGGGGUUUCUGAUUUAAGGGGUUUAUUGUGAUGACUAAAUGAUUCUUUUCUUUCUAGCCUUUACCUGUCGGGGGGGAUAUUAUCAUCUUAUAGAGAAAUGUUGUCACCUCUGAAGGUGUCUUUUAUUUUUGUAAACCAAAAUGGUUUUUAUUGUUUUCAUUGAGAUGUUUGUCGUUGCACCUUUUUAGCCCAAUGUGUUACUUAAUAGCUGUUCAAUGUGCCAAAUAACUGUUGCUGAUUGAGUGGAACCAAUGGGAAGCCGACUUCGCGGACACAGCUACAUCCAUGCUAAAACACACACACACACACACACACA